AUGUCAGAUAUAAAGAAAAUUGAACAAGAAGAUUCUGCUUCUACUUUUGUCGACGCUAUUCCAGAUUACAAACUUGCUGAUCUUAUAUUUGUUCUUAAGACAACAGCCAGAGAUUCCCAAGCUUUUCAAUCAGCUAGCAGCGCUCUUUUCACGGCUAUCAAAGAACAAAAGCUUGCACCCCUUUACUAUUUUAUACACAAUUCAUCAGAAACGGCCAACUUAUUACCAUGGGAUGAAUCUUUAUACAAUGAUAUUUUUCUUCAAAAUGAGAAGCAUUUGAUUGAAUUAAAGGACGCCAUUAAAAAAGCUGAAGAAGAAGAAGAAGAGCUUUCAAUUUCUGAAAGCUGGAAUAAAUUGGGGAAUUAUUAUGCUAAAAUUGGAAACAAGGAUAAGGCUAUAUCAACACUUCGACAUGCUCAAGAUUUAUCUUCAGGAACAGGAAACAAAAUUGAUAUAAUGUUGACAAUUAUUAGAAUUGGUUUAUUUUAUGAUGAUAAAGCUUUUGUCAAAAAAGAACUUGAAUCUGUCAAGCUUCUUAUUGAUCGUGGUGGUGACUGGGAACGUCGAAAUAGAUUUAAAACUUAUCAAGGUCUUUAUCUUUUAUCUAUCCGGCAGUUUGAAGAGGCAGCAAAUCUUCUUAUUGACUCUUUAUCAACAUUUACUUCAACUGAAAUCACUUCUUAUGAAGAAAUUGUUAAAUAUGCUGUUCUUUCGGGUGCUUUUGCUCUUGAUAGAGUUAACCUUAAACGUAAGGUUGUUGAUUCACCAGAAGUUUUGUCACUUGUUCCUACCACUCCAUCUCUCGAGCCUAUCACGGUUAUGACCAAUUCUCUUUAUACUUGCGAAUAUGAUUCAUAUUUUAAAGCUUUGGCAACCGUUGAAGUUGAAGUUCUUAAAACGUCAAGAUAUCUUGCUUCACAUUCACUUUUUUAUAUCCGUGAAAUGAGAAGAAAAGCUUAUGCUCAACUUCUGGAAUCAUAUAAAACCCUUAGUAUUCGAAGCAUGGCUGAUGCAUUUGGCAUAUCCGUUUCUUUUUUGGAUAACGAUUUAGCUAAAUUCAUCCCUAGCAAGAAAUUGAACUGUGUCAUUGAUAGAGUUAAUGGCAUUAUUGUCACAAACAGACCAGACAACAAAAAUGCUCAAUACCAGGAGUUUGUGAAACAAGGCGACGCAUUACUCACUAAAUUGCAAAAAUAUGGGGCUGCAGUUCGUCUUAGCGGAGCUGAACGUCUCUCAACUUGA